AUGGCUGAGGAGGCUUCUUGUAGACUGGAACGGGAUCCUCGAGGAGGUGAAAACCUCAUCGUUAACCAGCACGUAUUUCGGUCUGAGAAGAAGGAGAGACGGAAGCGCUAUUGGAAAUGCAAUGAAGUCUUCCCAAGUUACCUGCUUGAUGAGAGCCAAAGAACUAGUGCACGAAGUAUACAUGGCAACAGAGAUGUGUUGGGUGAGGAAGAGGACUUGUCCCUAACAUCAUUGUUGAAUAGACAUGAAGCCAAGUUGGUCAUGCUUCAGACUAUCAUUCUGUGGGACAGUCCCUUGCUGAGUGCUGGUGCUCUAGGAGGUGUGAUUGGAGGCCUUUGGUUCCUGUCUGGGUUUCGCCCCCUUGGAGCCUUUUUUCAGAUGGUGCUCAUCCUUUACUUGUACAGAGUCAUUAUGAAUGUAGUUUGGCCAACACUUCGAAUCCCACUGACUGCACAAGAAAUUGCUGAGAGAAUGGAGGAAGACUGGACUCCUGUAGAGAGAGGGUAUACUAAGGGUGGGGAGAUGCUUGAGGCAUUCCAAGAUGAAGGUGAUCUAGCACACUUCCUGGAACUUCUCCCAGAGCCUUCCAAUAAAGUGCCAAAUUCCCUCCUGGAACUGGGUUGGAGUGAGGAGGAAUCAGUGCAGAAGGAAAUUGGUGAGUUCCUGUGGAAGACAAGUCAAGAGGACUUGAGGAUCCUUGAGAAGGCUGCCCUGCCUGAAGUCUCAGACAAUGAAGAUGAAGAUGAGAAAGUAGAAGGGAAUGGGGACCAUCUCAGUCCCACUCUUCCUGUCCCAUCCAGCUCUGCUUAUGUCCAUGAAUGCAUUGAAGAGGCCUUGGCAGAUCUGGAUAAUAGGAGAGAUGAGGAGGAAAGCAGCAGCAGCUCAGAUUUUGGGGACUUUGUCCCCAUUGAAGGCUCAAUGCCAGAUGUGGAUGAAGUGUUGGCACCAUCUCCCAAGCGUCAUCCAUGAAUAUGCAUAUCACUACCUUGUCCUUGCUCCUUAAUUAUUUCUCCAUGAGAGUACUUCUGUGGAGAUACAGAUGAGAGAGUUACCUUGGAAGACUCUGGUUUGUGAUUGUUGCACAAAGUCUGAAUAUUUAUCUCACUACCUUCAUCUUUGCUUGAAUGCAUGCUGUAUACCACUCUUAGUCUCAAUAAUUCAUCUUAAUCAGAGCUCUACAUUCUACCCUUUUACACAUGUCCACCCAAAAAAAAUUAUAAUUGAAUUACUGGCUUGUUUAUUAAGCUGCACUGAUUCUUUAGGGUGAAUUGAAUAUUCUUUAAAUGGGAAUUUCAGGUUGGUGUCUUGGUUGUUUUCAAGGUUGGAAGCAAGUGUGAUUUCUUUUGGUCCUGUUAUACCUCAUAAUAAUCUUGAUUGAUUUACUGGAUGAAGAUACAGUUGAUAAUCAAUGAGAAUGUGAAGCAGCCAUUCAUUUUGGUUCUGAGACAGCACUUUCUGUUUCAUAAACUUUUAAUUUAGUUUCAUCGCCAUGCUGCUGUUUUUCAAGAAUUUAAUGUCACCCACCCUCUUUAGGCAUCACUUCAGAGGUAUUUCUGCAGCUGGUGGUUGUAAUAACUCAAUUAUCUUCUACCUUGUCACAACUUUUACAACCAUGCUACUUUUAAUGGUGUGAGUGGAAAGGCCCAUCUGUAAUCACUUACUCUGAUAAUGCAGAGUAAUGGAAUUUAGAUUCCAUACCAGUAUGGAAAGGUUGCUGCUGAGGAAUGAAGCAAUGUUAUCAGGUUGCAUAUAAAAAGACAUCCUGCUCCUGCAGGAAUGGCAUGAGGGACUACAUUGUGUUUAGGAAUUGACUUCAACAUGGAAUUAGUUAUAUUUGUGUUUUGUGUCAAGGUGCUUUUUUGGAUAUCUGCUUAUUUUCCUCAUCUCUUGCAGGCAUGACCAAGGGAAAGCAACUCAUUUAAAAAUAUUCUGCAUUGGACUUGGCUUUGCAGGUUGCUUGAAAAUUCUGUCUCUAGCUGUGUUUAAUAUGCAAUAGUGUGGUCAUGAAAUGCAGUAGGCAUACAAUUGGAAAGAUCACUUCAUGUCGUCCUUAGUUCAGUGAAGCCCUAGGAGUGAUUACUAUCAUCUCACAUAAUUUUUUGCUGUCAUUCAUUGAUUCUUGAUCUAUAACUUGGUUGAACAGUUCCCAUUCAUUCUUUAGAUGAAUGAAACAUUGAACUAAUGAAUUUAAUCAUUCUCUCUCAGAGCCUGCAGAUGACUGGUUUUAAAACCAAGAAAGAUGCUUCAGAUGCAAAAGGAAAGUUUCACCCUGUAAUUCAUCAAUGACCUUUUAUGGGAAAACUUGAUAUUCCAUGAGAAGGCUGUAUUGCUUGAUUGUGCAAAGACUCAUGGUGAUUCUAGUGACAAACUCUUCUAUUUUGCCCUCAAAAUGAAUCAAUCAAUAAGUAAACAAUAUACAUCCAUGGAGAUUGUUAACUAUCCUUUAUCACUACACUUUUUGAUUGUCAUUUUCCAUUCUCAAAACAAUUUUUGCUUGAAAAGGAUUAAGAUCUGAUGAACUAAUGUUGGUCUAAUGACCCAAUUGAAGUACGAGUAGUAACCCAGUCUUCCUCCAUGUUUUGAAGAAUGUUGCUAUUACCUAAACACUAUUGGGAAUGGAAACUUGUGAUGAACUUUUUUGAGGGAGUUUGAAGGGCUAAGGUGAAAAAUGAUAAUAUGGUCAGAAAUGAGAGCCAUUUUCCUUUACAGUCAUACCCAGUGUAUGAGUAAAAAGUCUUUUUGGCGACUGGUACUCAGAUCUACUUUUCAUAUCCACUAGUGAUGAGUUCGAUGUGAUUGUCUUGAGUAUUUUCAUUCUCUUGGCUCCUGUUGAUGACCCUAGUCUUGAUACUUGAGUAC